CCGUCGUAGCAGUGCCUGCGCGGUUGGGCGAUACUGCGAUACGUAAUAUGUACAUUCAAUUAUAAUAAUAAAUUGAAUUGAUGAGUGAUAUCAGGAGACAUUAGAACACUGAACACCCGCGGUGUGGAGGCGGCCGCGGCGGGCGGGCCACACAGGUGUCUGGGAGGCUGGUAGCCAGCUGGCAGGUGUCCGGGGGCAGGUGGCAGGUGGCAGGUGGCAGGCGGCGGCGGAUGGUGCCCGCGUCGCUGGCGACCGCAGUGGCGGCGCUGCUGGCGGCGUGUCCCUCGCCCGCCGGCUUGGCGCAGCGAAUAUACUUGAACUCGGAAGAGUCAAGCAGCUCACCAGCACGCAGCUCGGCGCCGGGCUCGGGGCGAGUGCUGGCGGAGGAGGAGGCGGCGGAACUGGCGGAGGGCGUGCCAGCGUGGCGCGAGCUGUGGCACGCGUCGCUGGCGACGUCACCACGCCGGCCCGCGCUCGCCAACACCAGCGAGGAGGUGGCGGCGCAGCUGGCGGAGGGCGUGCCAGCGUGGCGCGAGCUGUGGCACGCGUCGCUGGCGACGUCACCACGCCGGCCCGCGCUCGCCAACACCAGCGAGGAGGUGGCGGCGCAGCUCGGCGCCGCGGCCUUCCUGCACUGCCCCGUGCGGCACCUGGAGGAGCGCGGGGUGUCCUGGGUACGGAGGCGGGACUGGCACAUCAUCAGCUCGGGAGUGUUCAUGUACACCAACGAUGAACGCUUUCAGGUACUGCACGGAGAUGGCUCUGACGACUGGAUCCUGCAGAUCAAGUACGUACAGGAGCGCGAUAACGGGACCUACGAGUGCCAGGUGUCAACCGGGUCGGGCACGCUAUCCCGGCUGGUGCACCUGCACGUCGCGGUGCCGGAAGCUUUCAUCCUGGGCGCGGACGAGUACCACGUGGAUGCCGGUUCCAGCAUCAACCUGGUCUGCAUCGUAGAGAAGAGCCCGGAGCCGCCGCAGUUCGUGUUCUGGUUCCACAACGCGCGCAUGGUCAACUACGACGCGGCGAGUGGCGUCCGCGUGGCGACGUCGCCGGGCGCGCGCACGCAGUCCUCGCUGCAUAUCCGCGCCGCCACGGCCGCUCACUCCGGCAACUACACGUGCCGCGCCGCUAACGCCGCGCCAGCGUCCAUCGCGGUCUACGUCUCGCAAGGAAGCGACAAGAUGGCGGCCACGCUCAGUCGGAACUCGAGUGACGUCGGACACAGAGAGGCCUUGUGGUACUUUGUUGUCCUGCUCACGUGCUUGUGCGUGAUAACAAGUGCGAGUGGAACGGAUACGACCGGUGCCUUGUGAUGUUUCCCCUAGAUAUGAUGUUUUCUACGUGGGGCGUGCUAAAAGUAUCCGAAACGAUAAGAAAAAAAUACUAUUAAAAGUCAAAAAUAAAUUUAUUGUUUCUCAAAAUGUUCUUGUUUUGUGCCACGUUUCCAUUUCUCCAUUGUGCCACUCCUCCGUGGUGACCUCCAAAACGUGUUUUUCCUACUCUUCGACAGCUUCUUCCGGUGAUGAAAAUCGAUCACCGCGUUCUUAAUAAUUUUUGGGAACAAAAAGUCACAAGGUGCCAGGUCGGGACUGUAUGCAGGAUGGCUCAUAAGUUCUACGUUUUUUAUCUUCAAAAAUUCGUUUGUCUGUCUAGCUAUGUGAGAACUAGCAUUGUCGUGGUGCAAGAUAAUACAGCGAUUACGGUUAUUUUUGCGCAGUUUGUCAAUAACUUCCGGCAAACAUAUGAUCGUGUACCAGUCACUAUUCACGGUACGACGAUUUUCAAAUGUCUAAAGCAACAGUAGCCACAUGUCGAGUAUUAUUAAAAAAAGAAGCAAUCAUCCGCUUAGAUGCAAUUUUCACGCGCGCUCUGGUUGGUUUAGGCUCACCUUGAAAGAACUAUAGGCUCGAUUGCUGCUUCGUUUUGGAAUCGAAGCAAUAAAUGCAUGCUUCGUCACCUGUUACUAUGUCCCACGCCAAAUUUGACUGACGCCCCUUCGUUGAAUCUGGUAAGUAUGGCAUUGCACCAAGCGACACGGUCGGUUUUUUGAGCUUCGAUCAAAUACGAUCAUCGCGUGAUUCGUCACUGAGAUUGACACGACCGCGCUUGAAUUCCGCAAACCAGCCAUAAAUAGUCGUCUGGCAUGGUGCUUCAUCGCCAAAAGCAGAUUUAAGUCGAGUGAGUAGAGACUCGCUGCAGAGUGCUGAAAUGUCAAAUUACACUUAAAAUUGUAGAAAAUCAUACUACGAAAAUUUUCCCGAGUUAAAUCCAUGUUAAUGUAGACACUCAAUUUUUAAAAUGGAGCCACAUUAUAAAAACAAUUGACAAUAGAAAUAGAGUUUAUGUAACUGACGAGGUCCUGUGCGCCUAUAGUGCGCCCUAUGUAAUGUAAUAACUACAGAAUGUUUUUAAGUGUAAGUCGUUUAUGUGAUGAUAAUUAAUAAAAUUAUGAAGUAUGUACUUGUUAUUAACACAUCUUGUUUCUGUUUAUACUUGUUGUACACAAAUACCUACCUUAAUAAGAAAUAAACAUGAAUUUGUAAAAUUCUUUAAGCACUAAUAAGUAUUUUUGCUCAAUUUGUAUAAAUAUGUCUAAUUUAAAUAUUUUGUCUUCUUAGCUUAAAACAAUUAAUAGAAGACAAAGGAUAGCUUGUGAGAUGUUUCCAAUGUGCAUUCAUGAAACUUUAUAGAAUUAACGUUAUGAAUGUAAUGAUGAUAUUAUGUCUUUAUUGUAAGUUAUGUAUGUCUACAAUCUAAUCUAAUGUACAAUUAUGACUACUAUGUAAUUCAGAUAAAUCAUUGGUUUCCUAAUU